AUGGGUGUUCAGAAGAAGACCAGAAAGUUUGGCGAGGUCAAGAGAGUCAUCGGCAAGAACGACGCCCGGCGCAAGGAGAACCUGAAGAAGGCGGAAGAGGCCGAGCAAAAGGCCAAGCGUGAAAGAGGUGGCCCAGAUGGCGAGACUAUUGUCAGGGAGAUUCCGCAGGUUCCCUCGCAGAUGUUCUUCGAGAGCAACUCAAGUCUCGUGCCUCCCUAUGGCGUCCUCGUCGAUACCUCAUUCUUCUCCCGAACCGUUCAGAUGAAGUUGCCAGUGAUAGAAACCAUGAUGGAUUGUCUCUAUGCUACUUGCCACCCUAUCGUCACUGACUGUGUCAUGGCCGAGUUGGAAAAGCUUGGCCCCAAGUUCCGCCUUGCUCUCAGAGUAGCACGCGACCCUCGUUUUGAACGACACAAGUGCACACAUAAAGGAGUGUACGCCGAUGACUGCCUCGUGUCCAAGGUGUCUAAAGACCGAGUGUACCUCGUCGCGACCAACGAUAAGGGCCUCGUGUCCAGACUUCGUCGCAUUCCCGGUGUUCCAAUCAUGAAGUGUGGACGUGGAAAGUACACCAUCGAGAGAUUGCCCGACGCCCCGAUUUAA